UUUACAAAUACUAAACCUUCCGUAGGAGGAGACUUUUCAUUGUCUCAGUGUAUAUGCUGCGAUCGCAUAAAACUUAUCAAAGAGAAAUCUCAGUACGGAUUUGCUAAUUUGGUGAUGGAGUAGUAGAAAAGCCCUAGAUCGGAAUUCGAUUCUGGGUUCUAAGGAACAAGGUUUCUGCUACUCCCUCCAAGAAUUUCACUGCUCGGAAGAGAGAUUUUCAAGAUGAGUAGGAACCCUGUCUUUGAUCCUACCCUUCAAGAUAUUCUUCAAGCGAUUAAACCCACAGGAGCAGAUUGGGAUGCGAGGAUGACCGUCAUUGAUCAGUUGCGUAGUGCAUUACAAUCCGUAGAAAGCUUAAGAGGUGCGACUGUUCAACCAUUUGGAUCCUUUGUGUCAAAUCUCUUCACACGAUGGGGAGACUUAGAUAUCUCUGUUGACUUAUUCAGCGGUUCGUCCAUCUUGUUCACUGGAAAGAAGCAGAAGCAGACUUUCCUUGGACAGUUACUUCGAGCACUGAGAGCGUCAGGUGCAUGGUACAGGCUGCAAUUUGUUGCUCAUGCGCGAGUUCCCAUUCUGAAAGUCGUGAGCGGCCACCAGAGAAUUUCUUGUGACAUUUCAAUUGAUAAUCUGGAAGGGCUCUUGAAGAGCAGGUUCUUGUUCUGGAUCAGUGAGAUAGAUUGGAGAUUCCGUGACUUGGUUUUGCUAGUGAAGGAAUGGGCCAAAGCUCAUGAUAUCAACAACCCAAAGAACGGGACUUUCAACUCUUACUCACUUAGUUUGUUAGUCAUCUUUCAUCUGCAGACAUGUGUGCCUGCAAUCUUGCCGCCUCUAGGAGACAUAUAUCCGAGGAGUGCGGUUGAUGAUCUGAAAGGUGUGCGAAAAACUGCAGAGGAUAGCAUAGCGCAACUUUCUGCUGCUAAUAUAGCGAGAUUUAGAUCAGGCACAUCAAGAGCAGUCAAUCGAAGCUCGCUCUCUGAGCUUUUGGUCUCGUUUUUUGCAAAGUUUUCAGACAUAAACGUAAAGGCCAAAGAACUUGGUGUUUGUCCGUUUACUGGAAGAUGGGAAAACAUAAGCAGUAACACUAGAUGGCUGCCAAAGACAUACUCACUCUUUGUUGAAGAUCCUUUUGAGCAACCUGAGAACGCAGCAAGGAGUGUGAGCCGUAAAAGCUUGGACAGAAUUGCACAAGUAUUUGAGAUGACAUCUCGCCGUCUUGCCACAGAUUGUAACAGAAACUCCAUCGUUGGGGUUCUGACAUCGCCACACAUUUCACAGCCGUUGUGUAGUAGAACAAGCCUCCAUAAUCAUCAUCAUGCAAACGGUGUGAACAAUGGCCAUAAUCUGCAUGGUCAGUCUAGGCCAUGGAACCACCAAAUGCAGCAACAUUGGUCACAGAGCAACUAUGUCCAGAAUCCGCCAUAUUGGCCAGCCUCAGCACGGUCCCGAGCGCAGCAGAAUUGGUCUCAGAACAACCCCAGGAAUAUGCAGGGACAAACACCUGUUCAAGGCCAAACUCGGCCUGUCAUUACACAAACUCAAACGCAGCAGAAGAGUCAAUAUAAGAACGGGAAACAACCAAUGAGAAAUACACAUGCAGGUUCGAGUCAGAAUCAGGGUCACAUUGGUAGGCCCCCAGGUCAAAGUAAUGGUGUGAACUUUGCGAGACCAGCACAAAUAAGUCAAAGUCAACGCGGACAGAUGUGGAGGCCAAGAUCUUGAAUAGUAGAAUGACUUGUGAAGAAGACCUAGAGACAUUCCUUCCCAUAGUUUUGGACGAUAUUAUUGUACUCAGACCAUGGAGAAAGUCGUAACCUUUUUUAAAUAAUCAUCAGAUUUGCAAUU